GUACAACUUUCACUAAUUACACUUGUAUUAAUUGGCCCUUUUGCAGACUGGAGCUGGACCCGUGAGGUAUAAAGCCGGGACAACAACAGACCAAGAUGCUGUAACUCAACACCGGUACUGUGCAAACAGAGCUCUCGCCUGCUACCUCACGCCUUUUUGAACCCAGCCAUAUUCUCGGCUCCAUUAUACAGAUGUGGAUGGGCUAUCGUUGCUCUAGAAUAUCCCAGGAUAUACGAUAGCCACGAGGAGUUCAGGGAGGAGUACACACACAUACACGUUAUAGGGCGUAACAUCAAUACAACGGCAAUGUAGAAGGACAGUGAAAUGAAUCUAGGAAGCUGAAACCAAAAAAUAAUGGUAAUAUUUGCGCAAAUUUGUGAUCUACGGUUUCAAGGAAAACUCGGAUAAACAUGAGUCGAAGAGCGAGUUUAUACGCAAAGCAGAAUCCGGGAAAAUCUAGACCAAAAGUCCAUUUCCCGGAUGAGUUGGUGUUUUUAGACAAUAUUAAGGAGAAUGAUAUACAGGGAUUAAAUCACAUGUUACGCAGAGCAAGCCUGCAAGUGGAUAUUAGCGGUAUCAAUGACGCAGGUUUGACCCCUCUUCACCAAGCAGUAUUGGAUGGUAACAUGAUGGCUGUUCGUCUGCUCAUUGAACAUGGCGCCAAUGUUAACAAACAAGACGAAGACAGUUGGUCUCCCUUACACGCGGCUUGCGCUGAAGGGCACGCCGAUAUUGCCAAGUUACUUCUACAGCACGGAGCAAUGAAGGACCUUUUGACCGAAGACGGGGAGCGGCCCCUAGAUCUUGUAGAACCAACAGACUUCCCAACAAUUAAAGUAAUGUUAGGGCAGAGUAAAGGGAAUGCCUCUCCACCACCCCCGGACCUGGGAUCAGACGAAAGUGAAGAGGAUUCGGACGAUGACAAGUAGUAUCUUAUCAAGUGCUGUGUGGAAAUGUGCUGGUUCGAGGAUGAUAAAAGAUUCUAGUGCCGCAAGCAGAAUGCAUUCAACGAAUUUUCACAAUGUAAUGUGUUUUGAAAACGAAAAUAAAUGGCAGACAGCAAUAGCCGGAGGAUAAUUGAUGACAAACCGAGUUUUAAAUUAGAAAAGGAACGGAUAUCUCGCCAGUGUUCGUGUUGUAUAGGGUUAAAGGAAGAGAGGUCGAUUUCCUGUCGUGAAUCAUUUGUCAAAUCACUCGUACCUAUAAUGAAUGUAAGUGUGGAAGGAACGAAAGAGCAUGCUGCGUGUUUGUCCCUACAUACGCCCAUUAGAGUCAACUUCUCCCAGCAUCUCUAAACAAUCAGUACUCAGGGUUGAACAUCCGGUAAAACCAUUCAAUGCUAAUAUCAUAUCCGGGAAAAAGGUCAACGGGGAGGACAGUGCAGAUAGAUAUGUAGCUACCUAGUGGUCUGCCAUCGACUUGGGAUCUUACUUCGUGAAAAGACGUACACCCCGGAUAUAACAGGAUUACAGUAAACAAAACAGGCAUAAAUAGCGUGAUUAUCAUUUCAUAUCUUCAUAAUAUUCUAUAAACCGACUAACGACUUGGGAAACUAUUUCAUACAACUGUUUUCUAUCAGAUUAACAUGUAAAUGACAAAAGCUUGGUCAACACAAUAAAUGUCAUAUUUUUUCUCUUUUUUUUUAUACAAUAAUACAUAUUUUUAGUCAGUGUUUCACAUUUCCACGAACUGACCGAGACAGCUGAUGUCUAACCCACACCUGAUAUUGUACAUUUGUGUGCUAGCCAUUACACAGAGUGUGUUUGUAUAAACGUUUACAAAUAUAAAUGUUAUUGAAACGUU